AUGGGCCUACCAUUUUUGCAACAGCAAGACGCAGCACCGGCCUACGAUGAUGUAGUCCACGACCAUCCAGUAAAUCAAUUUCCGCCAUCUGGGUCGAAUUCAGCAUAUGCUGCCGUCCCUCAAGACGACGUUGAGCUUCAUGCGCACACGGCCAACCAACCUACCGCAAGCCCAGGCCCCGCACAAGAGCCCGAAACCCUUGCACAGACAAUCGCUGGUGUUUUCAGACCGAAACCGCAUGUGCACUGCGAACAGUGCGAUGUGCAAUUGCAAGCCAGAGAGCGCCGCGAGAAUGAGCGUCACUGUUGCUUCAUGGUUGCGGCCACAUUCAUGACCGCAUUCUUCUGCAUGAUGAUCCUGGGCAUCGUGGUAGCAAAGACCAUGAAGCAUCACGAUUGA